AUGUCCAUCUGUGACAUGUCUUCAUCGCUGUUCACUGCCUAUCGACAACAUUGUAGCCUUGUCGUUCCCAUCGUUGUUGAUUUAAGCCUCCCUCUGCAUAACUGCUUAUCUAAAUAUUGUGAUUCCAAAAUUGAUGAGAUUGAGCUUGUGGUGCAAAUCCUUCGACAACUCCCACCUUCUUAUCAUAUCAUUAUCAAUGUCCUCACCAACACGAAUCCAUUCCCCUCGUUUCAUGAGGCUAAGAAUAUGCUCCAUCUUCAUGAAUCUCAUGAAGAAUCCACAGAAGCAACCAAUGAUGCCAUACUUACAUCUUCUGCUGCAUUAUUCUCCUCCGCCCCCAACAAAUAG